AUGAUUUCAACUAUUAUUAACUUUAUUAUCAACCCCUUAAUUAUAAUCAUUUUUAUCCUUUUAGCUGUUGCACUACUUACACUAGUUGAACGAAAAGUAUUAGGUUAUAUGCAACUACGCAAAGGACCUAACAUCGUUGGACCCUACGGGCUUCUUCAACCUAUUGCAGAUGGUUUAAAACUUUUUAUAAAAGAACCUAUUCGACCAUCAACAUCCUCCCCCGUACUAUUUUUACUUGCUCCUAUAAUAGCACUCACACUUGCCCUUACCCUAUGAACCCCAAUACCCCUCCCCCUCCCCCUCGCGGACCUAAACCUAGGUAUCCUUUUUAUUCUUGCAUUAUCAAGCCUAGCAGUAUACUCUAUUUUAGCUUCAGGAUGGGCUUCAAAUUCUAAAUACGCCUUAAUCGGAGCCUUACGGGCAGUCGCCCAAACUAUUUCUUACGAAGUAAGCCUAGGCCUUAUCUUACUUAAUGCAAUUAUUUUUACAGGAGGAUUUACCCUUCAGACAUUUAGUACUGCUCAAGAGACCACAUGACUUAUUUUUCCAGCAUGACCUCUUGCUGCUAUAUGAUACAUUUCAACACUAGCAGAAACAAACCGGGCCCCUUUUGAUUUAACAGAAGGAGAAUCCGAAUUAGUCUCAGGAUUUAAUGUAGAAUACGCUGGAGGACCCUUUGCCCUAUUUUUUCUUGCCGAAUACGCUAACAUUCUCCUUAUAAACACGCUGUCUGCGACACUAUUUCUAGGAACAUCAGUCUAUUUUUCUUCUCCAGAACUAACCACUACAAGCUUAAUAAUUAAAGCUACACUGCUAUCUGUCCUAUUUUUAUGAGUACGAGCCUCCUAUCCACGAUUUCGGUAUGAUCAAUUGAUACACCUAAUCUGAAAAAGCUUUCUACCUCUUACAUUAGCUUUGGUUAUCUGACACCUAGCCCUUCCUAUUUCUCUAUUAGGCUUACCCCCCCAAAUGUAA